UCGUCCGCACAUGGUGGGCGCUGAGUGCUAUUGUUUCUGGAAGACGCAUUGCUUCAUUUGGGUAUCUGUUUGAAUGACAUGUAAAUUUCAAAGCGCCCCGGUGGUGUUCGAAGAGGCAGUACAUAUAAGCACAGACACCAACACUGAUUACUUGUGCCCUCAGCGGACCACUGCAAGCUGAAAUGCAGCCAGCUGAAGCCAAAUUGCCGCUUAUCCACAAAACAUCGUUUUCCGUGGAAGAUAUUUUGGACCCCACGAAGUUUACAGGGGAAAAAAUACGUAAUGGCGACACCGUAGCUCCAGGAAGUCAUACUUCCAGAAAUAAAUCCAGAAAGCUGCACCAUCGCACCUCAUAUGAAAACAACAGCCCUAUGACCAGAGGUCUGUGUGCUACGCAGCUUCAGAGCUCGGAAGAAAAAAGCCGCCGGGUCCGUACCGCAUUCACCCUGGAGCAACUGCAGGUUCUGGAGCAGAGCUUUCAGAAGUGCCACUACCUGUCGGUGCUGGAGCGAUUCACCAUCGCCUCGGCCAUGCGCUUGUCCGAGACUCAGGUAAAGAUCUGGUUUCAAAACAGGCGCACCAAGUGGAAGAAAGAGCGUCUGCAGGCGAAGGAGGGCGAAGAUGAACACUCUGUCCUCCCAUCCUGCGCUCUGCUCCUCUCUGUACUACAGUCCUCUUUUUCGCCAGCAGCACCCUCCGCUCCAGCUGUUUGCAUCGCUGCCCCGGUGCACAUCUGUCAUUAUUACGCAUGAGGGGUAAAAUACGCACGGAGUGAAUGAAUACUGGACCAGAAUGCCGCACACCAGCAUCUUCAAAAAAGAUGCCGCACACCAGCAUCUUCAAAAAAGAUUACAUUGCAAAAAUAUUGCAGUGUUAUCAAAAUUUUGAUAACAAGUUAUACAAAUGGAAUGUGUUUAGAAAUGAAAAUGGGUUAAAUGUUUAAAGCUCUCUAAUGUAAUUAUAAUUUAUUCCGAUAAACAACUUUGUAAAAGCUUAUUUUUUUCAAAUUACUUUUCAUUUGUUACCCAGACAGUUUUUUCUUCUUCAUUACACAGUGCUAGUAAAGGCGGUAGGUUGUUAAUUAGAUUUAAAUUAAAACAAACUAUCG